UGUAUAUCAGUACUAUAUAUUCACAUGGUAGCAGGCUAAGAACAUAUAACAGUCAUCCAUUACAUAAUCCAGGAGGUCAGGAGGUGGGCGGUUAGGGUGGUUAGGCAGGGGACCCGGGCGCGUCGAGGACACCUAAAACCAGUCAGUCUACUACGCCUUCCUCUUCUGUUCCUGUCUCCUCGAAUCCCUGAGUCCCGGCCACUUCAAAAGCAGACGACACAGGCAAGAAAACACUAUGAUGAUUGGCGUGCGAUUGGGACAGAUCAUCGCGGGCUCAAUUGCGCUGAUUGCGGCGGCCGGCCGCGGCGUGGCUGCUGUCGACGCUGGAUUGUCGUUUCCGUCGCCAGUGUCACCCGACAGAUCUACGAUUGCUGGAUGGGACAAGCAUGGCUCCGUCAAGGCGGAAUCGGAUCGCGUCUUCCUCACCUCGCCUGGCGAGCAAGGCCAGAGCGGAGCAGUCUGGUCCCAGCGCGCGGUCUCGUAUGCCGAAUGGACCGUUGAUCUCGUCUUCCGCGUGUCUGGCAGCGACCGGCCAAGCGGCGGCAUGGCGCUCUGGUACACCGCCACCCGCGACGAAGGCCCCGUCUACGGCGCACGGGAUUACUGGGACGGACUGGGAAUCAUGAUUGACUCUAUCGGCGGACAAGGCCACGUCCGAGGCCAUCUCAACGACGGCUCAAUAGGUUUCGCCUCGCUGCCGAAUCCCCAGGCGCAAGCGUUCGACCAGUGCCAGCUGCGCUACAGAAACACCGGUGUGAUGAUCAAACUGCGUCUGACCGUCGGCCCUGCUUUGCUCAAAGUCGAAGUCGACGGCCGUCCAUGCUUUGAAUCGCACGAGAUCCAGCUCCCGCCGAACUACUUCCUUGGAAUCUCGGGCGCCUCGUUCGAUAACCCAGACAGCUUCGAGAUCUUCUCGCUCUCCACCUCGGGAUCUGGCACCGCCUCGGCGCAGAAACCGCAGGAGGCCAAGCGCGAGCAGCAGCCGAUUCGAAGAACGGGACCGCCUCAGCCGCCGCCUCAAAGACAGCCUCAGCGACCUGCUGUCUCGGACGCGAAUUUACAGGAGAUUACUGAGCAUAUUGCAGCGCUGCAAAAGCUUUUGGAGAUGACUUCACAAAAGAUUGUCAAUCUGAGGGAAGACGUCGAGACUCUGCACUCAAUCAAGCCAUUAAUAGAGCGUUUAGAUCAGAAGAUCUCACGCGUGGAAUCAACCGUCGGCCGCACCGAAGCCCAAUUCCACGGCGCGGCAGCAAACAUGCACGAGAGCACAAAACAAAACAUAGCAUCCGAAAUCACUCUCUUGACCGAGAAACUCGACAAAUUCGACACGAUCCUCAAAGAGCAGACCACCUCGCUCGUCGGCGCGCUGCCCGACACCGUCCGCGAGGCAAUCGCAAAGGGCGGACCGAGCAUUUGGGCGGCGCUCUUUGUCUUUGUUCUCAUCCAGGGAGGGAUUGUUUUGGCAUACAUUGUAUACAAGAAGCGGAGGGAGGGAUUCCAUCCAAAGUAUUUAUAAGAGUAUUUACAAGAGUGUUUGGUCAUUAAUUAGAUGCAUCUUCCUUUUUGGUUUUUAUUAUUUUUGUCAGAUCUAAUGAGGGGCUUAUAAAGCCCGAUCAUUUUUUGGUAAUGUGGAAAUGAAU